CGGGCCGCCCGCGCCGCCUGCUGUCCGCGCCCGGGGGUGGGCCCCGCGCCGCGAGCUGCCGAGUGCGGGGAGGGAACGAGACUCCGGCUCGCCUGAUGGAUUGACUUGGAGAUGGAUCGAAUUACACCAUUUGCCGUGCCUCGAUUUGUUUUGCUCCCGCUUGGUCCGGCUGCUGCUGUCGCUGCCGCUGCUGCAAGGACUGGUGGCGGCGAGUUUCAGGAUUAUACCGAAGAAACCAAAACCUAAAGAGACACAGGGAUAUAUAUGUAUUUCGAUUUUUUAUUUUCAUUUCUCCUUGAGCGUAACAAGCUUUUAUUAUUAUUUUUUUAAACCAAGCCUCCCCCAUGAGCCACUCUCCCCCGCAACUUUCCGAGCUUUGUUCUCCCGCUGGAAAUGAUUCACGGAAGCGUCUUGGACAGGGUCUCCGCCAGGCGGCAAGAGCCCAGCGCUGAGAUGUGUUACGUUCUCAUCUACCCAUCAAUUAUGGAUGGAAACAAAUAAGGAAGAGUCAAUUUUGCAUGAGCCCCUUCUCCGGCGGCCAGAGGCGUCCGCAGCCGGGAGGGAGCCGCCGCGCGCGUCGGCAGCCGCUGGCAGGGGGAUGGUGAGGACAAGGUAGCUGAGUGGGAUUUCUGAGGAGGGGCUGCUCUGCCUUCACCUGGCCCAACCAUGAGGUUCUUCCUGCCUUGUGCCUACAUGCUGCUGCUCCUGAUUUCCCAGUUGAGGGCAGUCAGCUUUCCUGAAGAUGAUGAACCCCUUAAUACUGUGGACUAUCACUAUUCAAGGCAAUAUCCGGUUUUUAGAGGACGCCCUUCAGGCAAUGAAUCACAGCACAGGCUGGACUUUCAGCUGAUGUUGAAAAUUCGAGACACACUUUAUAUUGCUGGCAGGGAUCAAGUUUAUACAGUAAACUUAAAUGAAAUCCCCAAAACAGAAGUAAUACCAAACAAGAAACUGACAUGGCGGUCAAGACAACAGGAUCGAGAAAACUGUGCUAUGAAAGGGAAGCAUAAAGAUGAAUGCCACAACUUUAUUAAAGUAUUUGUUCCAAGAAACGAUGAGAUGGUUUUUGUUUGUGGCACCAAUGCAUUUAAUCCCAUGUGUAGAUACUAUAAGUUGAAUACCUUAGAGUAUGAUGGAGAAGAAAUUAGUGGCCUGGCAAGAUGCCCAUUUGAUGCCAGACAAACUAAUGUUGCCCUUUUUGCUGAUGGGAAGCUGUAUUCUGCCACUGUGGCUGACUUCUUGGCCAGUGAUGCUGUGAUUUAUCGAAGCAUGGGUGAUGGAUCUGCUCUUCGUACGAUUAAAUAUGAUUCCAAAUGGAUCAAAGAGCCACACUUCCUGCAUGCCAUAGAAUAUGGAAACUACGUCUAUUUCUUCUUUAGAGAAAUUGCUGUAGAACAUAAUAACUUAGGCAAGGCUGUCUAUUCCCGUGUGGCCCGCAUAUGUAAAAACGACAUGGGUGGCUCCCAGCGGGUCCUGGAGAAACACUGGACUUCGUUUCUGAAGGCUCGGCUUAACUGUUCCGUCCCUGGAGAUUCCUUUUUCUACUUUGAUGUUCUGCAGUCUAUUACAGACAUAAUACAAAUCAAUGGCAUUCCCACGGUGGUAGGGGUGUUUACCACACAGCUCAACAGCAUUCCUGGUUCUGCAGUCUGUGCGUUUAGCAUGGAUGACAUUGAAAAAGUAUUCAAAGGACGGUUUAAAGAACAGAAAACUCCAGAUUCCGUUUGGACAGCGGUCCCUGAAGACAAAGUACCAAAGCCAAGGCCUGGCUGUUGUGCAAAGCACGGUCUUGCCGAAGCUUAUAAAACCUCCAUCGAUUUCCCGGAUGAAACCCUGUCAUUCAUCAAAUCCCACCCCCUGAUGGACUCGGCCGUCCCACCCAUCGCCGACGAGCCGUGGUUCACAAAGACUCGGAUCAGGUACAGACUGACGGCCGUCGCCGUGGACCAUUCUGCCGGACCCCACCAGAACUACACAGUCAUCUUUGUUGGCUCAGAAGCUGGCGUGGUGCUUAAAGUUUUGGCGAAGACCAGCCCUUUCUCUUUGAAUGACAGCGUGUUACUGGAAGAGAUUGAAGCGUACAACCAUGCAAAGUGCAAUGCUGAAAAUGAAGAGGACAGAAAGGUCAUCUCAUUACAGUUGGAUAAAGACCAUCAUGCUUUAUAUGUGGCGUUCUCUAGCUGCGUUAUCCGCAUUCCCCUCAGUCGCUGUGAGCGUUAUGGAUCAUGUAAAAAGUCUUGUAUUGCAUCUCGAGACCCAUACUGUGGCUGGUUAAGCCAAGGGGCCUGUGGUCGAGUGAGCCCAGCGAUGCUGCUGUUAACUGAAGACUUCUUUGCUUUCCAUAACCACAGCGCUGGAGGAUUUGAACAGGACACAGAAUAUGGCAACACGGCCCAUCUAGGGGACUGCCACGAAAUUUUGCCUACUUCAACUACACCAGAUUACAAAAUAUUUGGCGGUCCAACAUCUGACAUGGAGGUAUCUUCAUCUUCUGUUACCACAAUGGCAAGUAUCCCAGAAAUUACACCUAAAGUGAUUGAUACCUGGAGACCUAAACUGACCAGCUCCCGGAAAUUUGUAGUUCAAGAUGACCCAAACACUUCUGAUUUUACUGAUCCUUUUUCAGGUAUCCCAAAGGGUGUACGAUGGGAAGUCCAGUCUGGAGAGUCCAACCAGAUGGUCCACAUGAAUGUCCUCAUCACCUGUGUCUUUGCAGCUUUUGUCUUGGGUGCAUUCAUUGCAGGUGUGGCAGUCUACUGUUACCGUGACAUGUUUGUUCGGAAAAACAGAAAGAUCCAUAAAGAUGCAGAAUCUGCCCAGUCAUGCACAGACUCCAGUGGAAGUUUUGCCAAGCUGAAUGGUCUCUUUGACAGCCCAGUCAAGGAAUAUCAACAGAAUAUUGAUUCUCCCAAAUUAUAUAGUAACCUGCUAACCAGUCGGAAAGAGCUGCCACCCAAUGGAGAUACAAAAUCCAUGGUCAUGGACCAUCGAGGCCAACCUCCAGAGCUGGCUGCUCUCCCCACACCUGAGUCUACACCCGUGCUUCACCAGAAGACCCUGCAGGCCAUGAAGAGCCACUCAGAAAAGGCCCAUGGCCAUGGAGCUUCGAGGAAAGAAACCCCUCAGUUCUUUCCUUCUAGUCCUCCACCACAUUCCCCACUAAGUCAUGGGCAUAUCCCCAGUGCCAUUGUUCUUCCUAAUGCUACCCAUGACUACAACACUUCUUUCUCAAACUCCAAUGCUCACAAAGCUGAAAAGAAGCUUCAAAACAUUGACCACCCUCUUACAAAGUCAUCCAGUAAAAGAGAUCACCGGCGUUCUGUGGAUUCCAGAAAUACCCUCAAUGAUCUCCUGAAGCAUCUAAAUGACCCAAAUAGUAACCCCAAAGCCAUCAUGGGAGACAUCCAGAUGGCCCACCAGACCCUAAUGCUGGACCCCGUGGGACCUAUGUCUGAGGUCCCGCCCAAGGUCCCUAAUCGCGAAGCAUCUCUCUACUCUCCUCCCUCAACUCUUCCCAGAAAUAGCCCAACCAAGAGAGUGGAUGUUCCCACCACUCCUGGAGUUCCAAUGACUUCUUUGGAAAGACAGAGGGGUUAUCAUAAAAAUUCCUCCCAGAGGCACUCUAUAUCGGCUAUGCCUAAAAACUUAAGUUCACCAAAUGGUGUUUUGUUAUCUAGACAGCCUAGUAUGAACCGUGGGGGGUACAUGCCCACCCCUGCAGGGGCAAAGGUGGACUAUAUUCAGGGAGCACCAGUGAGUGUUCACCUACAGCCUUCCCUCUCCAGACAGAGCAGCUACACCAGUAAUGGCACCCUUCCCCGGACGGGACUAAAGAGGACACCGUCCUUAAAACCUGACGUGCCACCAAAGCCUUCAUUUGUUCCUCAAACCACCUCUGUCAGACCACUGAACAAAUACACUUACUAGGCCUCAAGUCUGCCCUUCCUUGUGUGGCUUUAUCCUGUCUAUGUUGUUGAGAGGAUGAUAUGGUAAGGGUACCUUAAGAGACUCGCUUGUAUUUCAAGAGAACCAAGUGGCCAAAGAAACUCUUCCUAACUUUGGCAACAUCAGAACUUGCCAUAUGUAGCUACUGCAGCAAGGCUUCUGUGUACUUGCCUGAAAACAAAGGAAGGUGCUGGUCAUUCCAUUUCUUUUGUUUGAAGCUAAAGAGAUGUGGCUCUGAGGGGCUACCUGUAACCAGUAUAAAGAGCUGAUACAGUGCUCAGAAGAAUCUGUCUGUGAGCAAAUACUUGAAAAUGGGUUCAACUUAGACUGCCAUUUUGUGUGGUCUUCCCAUUAAAUGUGAACAUUUUAAUAUGUAUGCAUUCACCUUGCCUCUUGCACAAAUGUCAAAAAAAAAAAAAACAAUGGUAAUGUCUCAAAGAAACGAACUUGUAGAUUACCAAACAAUUUGCUAAAAAUUCAGUCUUUGACCCAAACUGUAGCAUCUUUUUCAUGUGUGGCAUUUUUUUCCAUGCCACCAAGGAACUGUGUUGCGUGUGCAUGUGUGUGUGUGUGUGUGUGUGUGAGUGUGUGUGAGUGUGUGUGUGUUCUGUCCACACUAGCAUUUGUUUAGGUGCCCAUUGCAUCUUUUUGUGUUAUGGAGUUGUUUACAUCGCGCAUGACUGAACAAGAGACAAUAAUUUCUUCCCACAGCAGUCCAUUGGGUUCAGCUUUGAGAAAGAAAACCAAGGCUGAUUUUGACAGUCAAAAUGAUUAACUCGACUUCCAUGUUACCCAAUGCCAGAAUGUAAGAGUACUAAGUAAUUUUGUGCUGCUAUUCACUGAAACUUCUAUUACAGUCUUGCCAGCUUAAGGAGAUAGAGAUGUUAAGCGGUAUCCUUGAUUUAUCCACCAGUUUCAGUAGUAAAAUUCACCAGUCCACUGUGAAUCCAAGCCCCAAUGACUAUAUUAACCUUGGACACACUAACAAGGUUUUAUUUUUAUUGUGUUUGGUUUCUCCCCUGUGGUAAAAUUCCUCUUGUUUUAACUCCCCUCUAACCCCAAAAGGGGGGG